AUGUUGCGCGGCCUGGGCAGCUGGCUGGGGCUGGAGCGGGCGGGCGAGGAGCAGCUGCUGCCCGCCCGCAAGAGGAGCGGCCCCGCGGAGCAGGAGCAGGAGCGUGAGGAGGAGGAGGAGGCAGGGCCGGCCGGGCAGGAGCAGGGCGAGGUGGACUCGGAGGCGCUGCUCAGCCAGGCCAAGGGAUUCGGCAGUUACCUCUUCAAUUUUGCCUCUGCUGCUACAAAAAAGAUAUCUGAGUCUGUUGCUGAAACAGCACAGACCAUAAAGAAGUCUGUAGAAGAAGGAAAAAUUGACAGUAUCAUCGAUAAGACAAUUAUUGGAGAUUUUCAGAAGGAACAGAAGAAAUUUGUCCAGGAGCAGCAAACCAAAAAAUCAGAAGCAGCAGUGCCUCCCUGGGUAGACAGCAAUGAAGAAGAGACAAUUCAACAACAAAUACUGGCUUUAUCAGCAGAUAAACGGAAUUUUCUGCGGGAUCCUCCAGCAGGUGUGCAGUUUCAUUUUGACUUUGAUCAAAUGUACCCUGUUGCACUGGUCAUGUUACAAGAAGAUGAGCUUCUCAACAGGAUGAGAUUUGACCUUGUUCCCAAACAUGUAAAGGAGGAGGUGUUCUGGAGAAAUUAUUUCUACAGGGUGUCCCUAAUUAAACAGUCUGCACAACUCACAGCCCUUGCAGCUCAACAGCAAGCAGCAGGAAAGGAGGAGGGCAAAGGCAAAGAAGAGGAUAGUGAACUGAAAGAAACAGUACGGCCAAAAACACCGCCUGUUACAAUAAAGCCUCAAAUAAAAUCACAAGAGGAUGAGGAAGAGAUUUCCACAAGUCCAGGUGUAUCAGAAUUUGUGAGUGAUGCUUUUGAUACCUGUAAUCUGAAUCAAGAAGAUCUAAGAAAAGAAAUGGAACAACUAGUGCUAGACAAAAAGAAAGAGACUUCAGAAGUAGAAGAAGAAACUGCUGAUUGGGAAAAGGAAUUACAACAAGAGCUUCAAGAGUAUGAGGUGGUGACAGAAUCAGAAAAGCGUGAUGAAAACUGGGAUAAAGAAAUAGAAGAAAUGCUGCAAGAAGAAAAUUAAACAUUUUCACAAAAUCACUAUAACCCAAAGCUCUUUUGGAGGACUGAUAUGGAUUUCUGCUUUCAUAUUUUGCUUACAAAAAUAUCUUCAGAAGACAUAAAAGAAUCUAAAGUCGUUAUAAUUCCAUAUGGGAAUACAACCAGUAUUUCUGUUCUUUAUAUGAGCAGUUUCUGAACUUCUAUAUUCUUCAAAAGAAAAAAAAGAGGAGGCAGAUACUGCAGGUUAUAAUUAAAAGUGAUAACAUUAAUACAUGAAGCAGUGGUUCAGUUUGAGGCAUUUUUAGGUGAUCAAGAAGCUCUUCAAAGAGAUUUCUAAAUCUAAGAAUUGCAAUUUUUUUUGUCCACAGCCUUCUGUUUGGGAUGUAAAAAUGGAUGUUGUAAGUAACUUAGUCCUUGACAACAAUUCUCUCAUGCUAUUUGCACUCUGAUCCAUGUAUAAUCUGUAAAUGUGUACUAUUUUUCAGGUACUUUUAGUUGGUAGAUUUCACAUGUAUUUAACUUCCUUAAUGUAUGUAGCCAAAGAAUUUACAGAAAACCUUAUCGAAUAACUUUCAAGGAUUUGGUAAAACAUACUAAUGCAGAAUCCAAAAGAAGCUGAUUAUUUAUCAGUCAGGCAGCAAACAUAAAAGCAUUUAAAUUAGUAGAGUUAGUAACUGCUUGAAUUAAAGUUGGGUUUGUUAAUCAUAUUGAGAUACUGCCUUUCCCCACAGAGAGAAGUCAUUUAAUGCUUUCUUUCUGCAGAAGGCUGUUAUGUUUCCAUUUAAUUUUACUGUCUGAGCUGAGAGCAAAUUAAAUACUUCUCCUUAAUUUUAAGUGCUGAAACAUUUAUAUGAAAACUUUCACUGGUUUGGACAUCUUUAUUAAAUAUUGUAAAUAUGUAUAAAAUUGGCUCAUUUGUUUGGAGGGAGGGCAGCGAGGAGCAAAUAUGCUUCAGACACAGAUUUUAAAAAUACACUUUUUCACAGUGCGUAAGACAUAGAAUUUAAAUUUAAAAAUAGUGGUUUUUUUCUCUAAAAGGUUUUUGAUUCUUCAUAGGCAUCUGGAUGUUUCCUGUGGUUAUACCAUUAAGUCAGUACCUUUAUAUAUAGAUAAAUGAAAAUUUUAUGUUCAGUUUGUCAUCUAUUUCAUAAACUUCUAUAACAAAGCAUUCAUGGAAUUCCAAAUACAAAGGAAAAUGGGUAAAAUUAAGUAGGUCGGAGCCAUUAAGCACAAUUGAAUUAUAGGCAUGUUACAUACAGUAAGCUCUCUUUUAAUGACAUAAUUCUGCAGAAAACUUUUGUAAAGAGACUGAAGAGAUUAUAGCUGUAAUUACUCCGUCAAUAUUCAUCCCGUGGGAAAUGAAAAGAGCUAAGUAGUUUCCACUGCUGUUACUGUAAGAAAGGAAUAUUUUAAAUUGUCUCCAUUAGCAACUUGGACAGAAAGUUCUCCUCUAUUUCUUGUUAUGGAAAAGGAAUUGUUUUAAACCUGCAUACAUUUGGCUUCCCAAAUUAGUUCAUUGCCAUACACUUUCUCAACUUCAAACCACUUUAAGCACAAUUUGUAUUUUUCUAGGGUUUUUCACUUAGUUUACAGAUGCGAGGUAAGUCACGGUAAAUACGAUGUACUUAAGGAGCUUUUGGAUCUGGGAUUAAUUAAAGGUGACAAGAGUUAAAUCUGUUAUGCUUAUAAAAAUAAGUCUAUUCACAGCUCAGUGGUUACUCCUGACAAAUACAACUGCUGUUGAUUUAGGAUGGAGAUAUUAGGAUCUGUCUACUGUACAGUUUGAUGUGACACCUUCUAAAAAGAUGGGUAGUUCUAUUCUGAUAGUGGCCAAUAUUCCCUGGAUGACUGAGAACUUCAAAAUCACUGCUCCAAAAGUCUGCUUUCUUAAAAACAAGCUUGAUGAUUCCUAAUGUUUUCAGAUGUAUGAUGGCCUUAUGUGCAGGGGGCUUGUACAUCAAGCCUUAUCUUUCUUUUCAUGUAAGCAUAACCUAUAUAGUGGUCAUAGCUAAUAAAUUUCAUUUCUCAUAAAA